GCGCAUUCGAUUCUGUAUUUUUGUGUGUCUAGUACAAUUUUGUUUUUUUUUGCAAGAUUGAAAACAAUCAAUUGGAUGUUGUUCAGUAGUUUUUAUUUGUCGAUCGAGUUCGCACGCGCUUUUGUUCUUUUUUCCGUAGUAUUUUUAUGCGAUUCGAUCGCAUCGCUGAUAUAGUAUAUACGUAACAAACAUUCAAUUCAUUCUAUCUGUGAUUUUUAUUCUAUUUUCGUGUGUUCAAUAUAAAAAAAAUAUAUCAGCAACUACAGCGAAUGAAUACAAUUCGUGCUUUUGUUGUUAUCAGUGUACACUCUUCUCACUCUCGAUCCCAUCGAUGAACAAUUUUGUAAAACUUUUACUCACUUGAAUGGAAUGCAAGCAAUAACAAUAGAAACAAUAAUAACAACAAAAAAACCAACCACAAUAUGACUACAGAAUUAAUCAAUAUCAACUAAUUGAAUGCAAUGCGAUUUUAAUCUGAUCAGUGAAAAUCUACUCGAUGCUUAAUUGUAUACAUUUGAGAGAGUGAGCGUGUUAAGCAUUAUAGCCAGAUGUUAUCGAUAUCUUUUUUUGUUGUUGUUGUUUUCAAACUAAUCGAUGAUAGUGAUGUUCAUCGAAUUGGUGUUACCUCGACAGUGUGUACCUAGCUAGUGUUUAAAAAACUUGUUGAAACAAUAACUGUCCAUUGUGUAUGUGUGAUUUUUUUUGUAUUGAAAAGAUUUUGAAUUAUAUCACAAUUUAUUUAGACAAAACUGUUCAUUUGAUGCCAAUAAAAAAGGGAGAAAUAAAGACACAAUUUCCGUCAGCGGCGUGCAGAACGACGAAGAAGCCAAGGAGUUCGACUCACAAAAGAAUGUAAAAUGUACCACAGAAUUAGUUUUCGUCUGGAUAAUAUUGGUAAACCAUCGUUUCAUCACAGUUGAAAAUCAUGAAUUCAAGUCCACAUAAAUCCGCAAUAUCGAUGAGUAGCUAAAGGAAUUAGAAACUUGAUCUAUCGAAUAAAAGUGUGCGCUUGUUUCUCCGAAUGAAGAUGAAAUGAAACCCUUUCAAAGACUUCGUGAAACCGAUAAAGUAAAUAAAGUGAUUAGUGUUAAAUAAAUCAAAUAAAGUGAUUAGUGUAUUGAUCGCGAUUAAGAACGUUACUGUGAACGGGAGAAGGCUCUUGAGAAGCCAAACAAACAUAAAUUCAUUUACAACAUCUCAAAUCAAUUUGAUUGAUUCAUUCGAAGAAAUAAAUAAUAAUAGAAAAAAAUACAACCGAAGGAAUAAAAUGCUCAGUUUGAUUUUAUUGAGUAUUGGUUUGAUCAGUGCCAAAUUGCCAUAUAUCAGUGCAGUCACCAUAGAUAAUCAAAACGAUGCCGAAUGCUUUACACGAAUAUACAAGGAAGCGAUGAUAUUGCCGAGCCGGGUAUUUCGGACGAGCGAAACGAAUUCGAUUCGGGUGUGCAAAGAGUUAUGCAUGAUUGAGGGUUCGCGAUGUCAAUCAUUUGCAUUGGGCAUUAGUUCAAUUGGCGGUGGAAAUGGUACAUGUCAACUAUCGAGCGAACGUAUUUUCGAGCAUGCCAGUAGUGGCCGAAAACCUCGCGGUACAAUCUAUGAUCCCGAUUUCAAUUUGUAUCAGCGCAAAGAAAGUUGCCGCAUUCAGGACAACAACGAAAUGCCACCGAAUGAAGAAGAAAUGCCUAUGUUGAUAACCAUUCAAACCGAAAUGCCAAGUGAUCGUCCAGCAAUUCCAGUGAUUACGAUGACCGCAACAAGUACAACAAAUACAAACACAAUGAUAUCUAAUGAUGAUCGCAUACCAACAAUUCAAACUACAUCAGACACAUCGACCAUGAACGAUGUCACCUCAUCGUCAAUAAAUCCAAUGAGCACAAAUUCGAUGAGCACAAAUCCAUCGAUGCCAGACAAACCUGAUACAACAAUGUCCAAUAAUCAACACACAUCAAGCCAUCCAUCGAUAUUUUCGAGCAGCAGCAGCAGUGGUAGUAGCAGUAAUACGGGUACGAGCGGUGGUACAAUACCGACAACAAACAUGUAUCCAAGUUCGAUUGAUAGCACUAAAGGGCCUGGCAUUCCACCAACCAUGAUAACAACUACAAUGGAUCGCUUUCCAUCGACGUCAACAACAUAUGGGAGCACAAACACGAUGGACGUAUCAACAAAUGAAGUGAAACCGCCAACAUACCCUCCAAUUUAUAUGAGUAGCAACAAACCAGAUGAUUUCACUUAUCCAUAUUCACCAAAUUAUCAAGACAAAUACAACUAUUAUCAUGAAAUUUAUCCCGUUUACACAUAUCCAAUGAUAUACGAAACAAGCAAUUAUCCAAGUAGUUACAUUCCAAGCGAUAGUGGUAGCAGCGGUGGAGGAUAUGGACAAAAUGUACCAACGAUGAGCUAUACACCAACUGUUGAUUACUAUGGAACAACGCCAUCGAUGAUGACCACUUAUGGUGGAGGAAGCAGCAGCACUUAUGGUGGAAGCGACAGUCCCAGUUCAUACGGAGGAAAUACAAAUGGAGGUACCACCAUUCCAAAUACACCAACUACAUACAUGGGUAACGGUUGGAGCAAUGCUGAUGAUGUUUAUAGACGUAAAAAUGGUGGACGAUAUCCGGAGUAUGAUAAUUCUGGAGCAUAUCCAGAAGGUAAAUAUUAUGGAAGUAAAGAUAUUGGAUAUAAUGGAACGCGUGCACCAUCCACCGUUCCAUAUAUACGAACCUAUUUCAAUCCUGACGAUUACAAUACGAAUACAAAACAUAAGCCAAGCAGUGGAAGCGGUGACGUCAAUGGCGGAAGCAACUAUCGUCCAUCUACGACAUUGGACAAUCGACAACGACCUUGUUUUAGACGUGCAUUGGCCGGAAAACGUGUGGCACCACAAUGGGUACGACAUACAUUAACGUGCGAACGAGUUGAAGAUUGUCAAACUGAAUGCGCUCUGGAGAAGCGAUUUUCAUGUGAAGGUUUCAACUAUCGACUGGAUCCAAGUGGACAAGGUCAAGGAAUUUGUGAAUUGAUUGAUGUUCCACUUGCCGAAAUGGACAUUUACUCAAGUCCCAGUCGACGUGAUGAGAAUCUUAUCUUUCAUCCAGACUAUGAUUAUUAUGAACGCGAUCGAAACGCGUGUCGACCAUCAUUUUGUAAAGAUUGUGGCAGUGGAUCAUUUGGUGGAAAACCGUAUUUACCUCGACCCGAAUCACAUCCGCCCACAAAAUAUUAUCCAGAACCACCACCUUCGGUUUACAGCGAUGGCGGCGGCGAUCGUCAUAGCGAUGAUCGUGAUCACACACCACACUCAGGUGGCAAACCAUAUCUACCAACGCCAACCGAUUACAAUACACCACCAACAACGUACCGUCCAAUCGAUAACUUUAAACCUCCAUACUCAGAUUCAAGACCAUCACAUAAUCGUGGUGGCGAUUAUCAUAGUUCGGACCGUUUCCAGCCACCAUAUGAAAAUACAGCAAUUGAUAAAUACCGUCCAUCAUCAUUUGAUUAUCCACAUUAUGAGCAUCGCCCGCCGCCCGAUUCAUAUGAAUACAACCGUUAUGAUUCACAUAGUCAUUUCUCAUCGUCAGGCUAUCGACCACCUCCCAGCUAUGAUUUGGAUCGAUAUGAUCAUGUAAAACCAGUCGAUCGUCCGAUUUACUCCGAGAUCUCAAUUUAUAACGAUCCACCACCACAUUUCCCAAGACCAAGCUAUACACAAGAAAAUGACUAUCAGCCACCGAGAAGACCACCACCACCACCGGCACCACCAUCAUCUUCUAAUGAAUAUUUGGGCCCGUACAAACCACCGAUGCAUGAUUCAGGCUAUUCAUCGUAUGGUUAUCGACCAAAAAAACCGGACCAUUUUCCCAAUCCCAAUUACUUGGAUAGAGAACGUGAAUCACAACCACCUAUACACAGCUAUAAACCACCACCAAAAUCACCACAAUCUCAACCAUUCAUUCCGUAUACAAUCAAUAAAGAGGCGAAUUCAUGGGCAACUUAUGGCGGUACUUAUGGUGGUUCACAACAUAAUAAUCAUCAAUCGCAAGAUUUCUGGGGUUUAGCAAACGAUUUCAAACGAAAUGAUGCCAAUUUCAACUAUUUCAAUUUAGGUAAUGGACCCAAAGUUAAUCCAAACGAUAAUGCUGUACUUAGCUAUCCGGGUAGUAAAUAUGAUAAUGGACUUUCAUAUCAAUAUGAUAAGGAUAAAAACUAUUAUGGAAAUUUAUGGACACGACGUCCUGGUCAAGAUGAUUGUUCGGUGAAAACAAGUGAAGGUUUUCGUUUACACAAAGCUGUCACCCGUUACGUUUAUAAUGUUCCGACUGUAACUGAAUGCGAACGAAUGUGUUACUCGGAAACCAAAUUCCGUUGCGUUACAUACAGUUAUAAAUACUCACCACAUACCAGGGAUAAUUGUCUAUUAUGCGAUCGACCAAUGAGCCAUUUGGAUUACUAUACGGACAUCGAACCAAAUCGUGACUACGACAUUUAUUCAAUGUCGGACGAUCCACAGAUGUGCUCACAAAUGGCAAACACCCAUAGCCGUCACGAAAAUAAUAAUGCACAAUGCUUCUUCAGAGCAAUCGAUUUGACAAGAUUUUUUAAGUCAAUUGUUCGCGACUCCUUAACCGUGCGAUCAGUUGGCGAAUGUGAAAUGGAAUGUAUCAAAACAACCAAAUUUACAUGUCGUGCAUUUUCUUAUAGGUAUGGACCAAAGACGCCAGGCAGUAUCAUUGAUAAUUGUCAAUUGUCCGAUUGGCCCGUUCGUGAUAUGGAUAAAGAUCGUCAUUUGAUACAUGACAAUACAUUCGAUGUAUAUGAGCGAGCCAGCUAUGGACAUGGAUGCGAGAUUCAACCAAUCACCGAUGACAAACACAAGAAACUAUGCUAUUUGGGAUACGGUUCACCGGCCAAGCUGCUCUCGUCAGCAAUUAAAAAGGUUGUCUCCGUUCCGACUGAACUUGACUGCAAAAAUGAAUGUAUUCGUUUGCGUGAAAAUUCACCAUUCAAAUGUUAUUCGUUUAGUUUUGGUUCACAAGCGUCAACAUUCAACUGUGAAAUGUCCGAUUUAGAUCAAAGCGAAUUGAAAUUGAAUGUUGAUUAUGCGCAUACAAAUGAUCGUGAUUAUUGGCUGUUUGCAUGGAAUCCGUUCGAUUUAACAUGUCGCGAUAAAGUGGCCACCAUUGGUGGUUCAAAUCGUGCAAAUAACGAUCGUCGAAUGGAUAUAUUCCGAGAAAAAGAUGGCGAUAACACCUGGAGUCACUUUACGGUAUCGGGAAAAGCAUGUCGACCUGGAUCAAGUUGUAAUAAAAACCUUGUGACCGGUUUCUAUUCGUGCGAACUUGAUGGCGAUGAAGUCGGUGCGUGGGAUUAUUGCUGCAAAGCUGAUUAUCCAUGUGGUUAUUCACAAGGUUUCGAUUAUCCAUGGUGUUUUGUGGGUGAAGGUCCAGACCAAUGGCGAACAUGUAGUGAUCGAUAUUUUCCAGUUAGUUCCAGUGGUGGUAACAGUCAUAUGUCAAGCAGUAGUAGCAAUAAUUCGAAUAAAAAGAAAACAUCACCAAUUUCAUAUACAAGCAAUAAACGAAAAGGUUCCAACACAAAUGACUCAUACCAUCAACAACCUCCACGACCCGGUGGCCUUCAAAAUCUCGAAGACAUUGCGUCGGCUCGUCUCUGGCCAAUUACAUAUCUAUAUAGUUCUGGACCGCCAAACUCAACCGAACUCAGUAAUUUUGUUGAUUGCAAUAAAGAAUCAUGUUAAAUUAAAUAUUAACCAUACACAAAGAACCGAUUUAUGAAUGAAAAGUCGAAAAGAUAUUUUGAAAAUAAAAAAAAGUUGGGUUUUUUCUUCAUUAAUUUCAAAAAUUAUUUUGAAAUAACAGUAAACACGAGAGAUUAUUCAUGUUUGUAAUGAGAAAAAAAAACAAGCGACAAAUUACAAAUGUACCUUUUAAUCGAUCAUCAUGCUAAUUCUUCAAAAAGCAACAAAUAACUAAAUGCAACUGUUGAUGAACGUAUUUUUAAUAUUUAAAUUAGCAUUAAGAUUGAAUUAAAAUAAAAUAAAAAAAAUUCCAUCUAUACCUAGGAAACAACUACAACAAAAUAUAUUGAUUGCAUCUCUAUACUAAAAUCGUAACAUUUCUCUUAGAAAUA